AAGUGUUUGCCUUUAUUGUCAUUAUUACUAUUUUUGAUAAUCAUUUUUUUUCAUUUUUGAUUUUUGAUUAGUUUUUUUUUUUUUUUACAUUUUCAGCACGCGUUUUCUUCUUUCUUUCUUCCUUUCCUUUCCUUCAUUCUUUCUUCCUUCAUUUUUUUGUGCGCUCCGUGCCAAGAAUCCACGCGUAAAGCUCCAACUCCGCGCGUCAAUCACAGAUCACUUUAUUGUCGGGAAUCGACGCGUUUUCGCGCAGGACAUGGACGCGCACGACGGAUUCUCCGCGCCCGCACUUUCCCCCGCCUCGCACUAGAGCGCGCGGAUUUUCUCGCUGAUAACAGCAAACCAAAACAAGUGUCGAGACCCCAUCCAUCCAUCCAUCCAUCCAUCUUUCCAUCCUUCCUUCCCUCCCUCCCUCCUUUCCUUCCUUCCAUCAGAGCGCGUUUUCCCUGCGAGCCGGUCUCUCUGCGAUGUUCUUGCGCUAAAACCCUCCACCGAUCAGCAGCCUCUUCUCUGUAGGAUGUCGCGCCGCAAGCAAGCCAAGCCAAGAUCGCUCCGAGUAGAAGACAAUGUGACGGAGGAACAGCACACUCCUGGGCAGGCUGCCAUUCAAAGCGAUCGUGAGUGUGCCCCCGACACGGUGUGUGAGGAUGCCGAGGACAGGCGUCUGACGAGGAGGAGGUGCUCUCCCGGGGAAGGGGACGAGGGGGAGGAGGAGGACGAGGAGCACAGCUGCCGUUCCUGCCACCAGGUUUUCGACUCAGCGAGCGAUCUUAGCCAACACAAGAUUAAUCAAUGCCAGCUGACAGAUGGGGUUGAUUUAGAAGAUGACCCAUCCUGUUCCUGGCCUGCUUCUUCACCAUCUAGCAAAGACCAAACGUCUCCAGUCCAUGAUUACGAUUUUGGUGAAGACGAAGGGGGCCCUGGUUUGCCCUACCCAUGCCAGUUUUGUGAGAAAUCAUUCAGUCGCCUGAGCUUCCUUAAGCGCCACGAGCAGAGCCAUAGUGACAAGCUCCCUUUCAGCUGUACCUUCUGCAGUCGCCUAUUCAAGCACAAGCGCAGUCGUGACCGGCAUAUCAAGCUCCAUACUGGUGACAAGAAAUACCACUGCAGCGAGUGCAAUUCUGCUUUCUCACGUAGUGAUCACCUUAAGAUCCAUAUGAAGACACACGCCACAAACAAGCCUCAUAAAUGCCCUGUGUGCCGCAGAGGGUUCCUGUCCUCCAGCUCCCUGCUUGGACACAUGCAGGUGCAUGAACGGGGUAAGGAAGGUCAGAGCACGGGAGCAGAGGAGUGGAAGCUGAAGGAGGCACGCAAGUGCAGCCGAUGUGAAGAAGGGUUUGACGUGCCUGAAGAGCUUCAGAAGCACAUUGCAGAGUGCCACCCUGAGUGUUCCCCCCCAGAAGAAGGAGGUGUAGGGCCCGGUCUGCAGUGCAUUUACUGCCAUGAGCCAUUUAGUGACGAGGGUACAUUACUUAGCCAUAUUGACCAGGCGCAUAGUCGAGACCAAAAGGGACAUAUAUGCACUGUAUGCUCCGAGCACUUCCCUACUGUGGAAGAGUUGUAUGCGCACAUGGACGUUCACCAACUCCCAGAGUCCAGCAACCACAGCAACAGUCCUUCUCUGUUGACGGUAGGAUACACAUCAGUUUCAAGCACCACUCCAGACUCCAACCUUUCUGUUGAUAGUUCAACCAUGGUAGACACUGCUCCCACUGUGCCCAAGACUCGUGGAAGAAGAAAGCGUGCUGCCCAGCACACAAAUGAUAUUUGUGGACGACCUGCUAAACAGCCUAAAGUAGCUUACAGUUGCAUCUACUGCAACAAACAAGUGUUCUCUAGUCUUGCUGUGCUUCAGAUUCACCUAAGGACAAUGCAUGUCGAUAAACCUGAGCAGGCCCAUACUUGCCAGUUCUGCCUAGAGAUCCUUCCAUCUCUGGUCAACUUGAAUGAGCACCUGAAGCAAGUCCACAAUGCUGAAGAUCCAUCCACCCUACUUGCUAGCUUGUCUGAUGCCUUGUUACAGUGUAACUUUUGUCCAGAGAUGCUUGGAGACCUCAAUGCCUUGCAGGAACACAUCCGUUGCUCACAUGGCUUUCCUAGCCCGGUAGCCAAGGAGAGCAAUGCCUUUUUCUGUCCCCAGUGCUUCAUGGGAUUUCUGACCGAGGCCACACUAGAAGAACAUGUACGACAGACCCACUGUGAUUCUGGAAGCUUGCGAUUUGACUCUCCACUUGCAGUCACUCCUAAAGAUCCCAUUGUGGAGGUGUAUUCCUGUUCUUACUGUACCAAUUCUCCUAUUUUCAACAGUGUCUUGAAGCUGAACAAGCAUAUCAAAGAAAACCACAAGAACAUCCCCCUGGCACUGAAUUAUAUCAACAACGGGAGAAGAACCCAUAGAGCCCUUAGCCCUUCAUCUUCAAUAUCUGUCGAUCAAGCUACCCUUCUUAAACAUGGCGGCACUUCAUCCCGAUCAACAAGUGAAUUCAUCUGUAACCAGUGUGGUGCUAAGUACACUAGUCUUGAUCUUUUCCAGACUCACCUAAAAACUCACCUUGAUGGUAUGCUCCCACAACUAACCUGUCCACAGUGCAACAAGGACUUUCCCAGCCAGGACGCUCUGCUUAAGCAUGUGACCGUCCACUUUACUGUCACAUCCACAUACUACAUCUGUGAAAGUUGUGACAAGCAGUUCACAUCAGUAGAUGACCUGCAGAAGCACCUCCUUGAUAUGCACACCUUUGUGUUCUUUCGUUGCACUCUUUGCCAGGAAGUAUUUGACUCCAAAGUCUCAACACAGCUUCAUCUUGCAGUAAAACACAGCAAUGAGAAGAAAGUCUACCGCUGUACAUCUUGUAACUGGGAUUUUCGUCAUGAAACUGACCUCCAACUGCAUGUCAAACACAGUCAUUUGGAGAACCAAGGUCGGGUUCACCGCUGCAUAUUUUGUGGUGAGUCUUUUGGUACAGAAGUCGAGCUACAGUGCCACAUAACCACACACAGCAAGAAAUAUAACUGCCGCUUCUGCAACAAGGCUUUCCAUGCCAUCAUCUUGCUGGAACGCCACUUACGUGAGAAACAUUGUGUGUUUGAAGGAAAGGCCCAAAACUGUGGCACCAAUGGCUCUACAAGUGGUGGCGGUGAAUCAGUUUCUAAAGAUGAUGCAGAACUUCAGGGCAUUCUCACCAAUAGCCAUGGAGGACCUGGUACAGGGGAGUCCCAUAAUAGCCAUGAUGGAAGCGAAGAGGAUGUUGAGUCCUCAGAGGUCAUGUACACCUGUGACAUCUGUGGGGCAUCCUACACUAUGGAGUCCCUCUUGACGAAUCACCAGCUCCGGGAUCACAACAUCCGACCAGGGGAGACCGCAAUGCACAAGAAGAAAGCAGAAAUUAUCAAGGGGAGCCACAAAUGCAAUGUUUGCUCUAGAACGUUCUUCUCUGAAGCAGGGCUCCGGGAACAUAUGCAAACUCACCUGGGACCAGUAAAGCAUUACAUGUGUCCCAUUUGUGGAGAACGCUUCCCAUCUCUGCUUACUUUGACAGAGCAUAAGGUUACUCAUAGUAAGAGCUUAGACACAGGCAGCUGUCGAAUUUGCAAGUUACCAUUGCAGAGUGAGGAAGACUUCCUGGAGCACUGUCAAAUGCAUCCAGAUUUGCGCAACUCUCUGACUGGCUUCCGCUGCGUGGUCUGCAUGCAGACCGUUACAUCAACCUUAGAGCUGAAGAUCCACGGCACCUUCCACAUGCAGAAGACCGGAUCCAUGUCUGCCCAUCAUCCUAGUGGGCGUGCCACUAUUCCUCACCACCAGCAUCACCAGAGUCCAAAGCUCUUCAAGUGUGCUUCGUGUCUUAAGGAGUUCCGCUCCAAGCAGGAUAUGGUGAAGCUUGAUAUUAAUGGACUACCGUAUGGUCUCUGUGCCACAUGUGUAAGUGCUAGCAAAAGCUCCAGUCCAACCAUAAAUGGAGUAAAGCAGCAGCAACCAGGAGGACAAACACCAGCACCCUCUAAUGCAGGGUGGCAUCAAGGGGAAAGUCUGAGCCCCUGUGGUGUAAAAAGAAAAGCAACCACCUAUUCCACAUCGUCCUCAUCAUCAAUAUCAUCUACCGUUGCCAAGACAAGAUGCUCCAGCUGCAAUGUGAAGUUUGAAUCAGAGGUAGAACUGCAGACACAUCUUCAGACAGUGCACAGAGAGCAGACAGGAGAGGGAAGUGGCAGUCAAGUGAGGACGCCUCAAGGAUCCCCCAUGCCAAAAGUUAGUCCUUCCCAAAGCGAAGAGAAGACGUAUCAGUGCAUUAAGUGUCAGAUGGUCUUCCAUAGUGAAUGGGACAUUCAGGUUCAUGUGGCAAAUCAUAUGCUUGAAGAAGGCCUGAACCAUGAAUGUAAGCUGUGUAAUCAGACUUUCGACUCGCCGGCGAAGUUGCAGUGCCACCUGAUCGAGCACAGCUUCGAGGGCAUGGGAGGAACCUUCAAGUGUCCGGUCUGUUUCACAGUGUUCGUCCAGGCCAGUAAGCUUCAGCAGCAUAUUUUCUCAGCACACGGUCAGGAGGACAAGAUCUACGACUGCACGCAGUGUCCGCAGAAGUUCUUCUUUCAAACGGAGCUUCAGAAUCACACUCUGAGCCAACACAGCAGCAGCAGCUAACAAGGAAGAUCAACUCAACAUAACGUGUCCCGUCGACAACAUCUGAACUCCAGCCCACCAACCCAGUGGUCUUUUGGUCAAUUUUGUGCUGGAAUUUUCAAUUUAAAACAUUUUCAGUAAAAAAAUAAAGAAAAAGAAACUUAAGAGACAGAGGCAGGACUUCCUUGUGAAAUUUGUUGUUGAUACGUUGUUAAUCCAACAUGUUUGUAAAUACUGUUCUUUCUGUCUUCUUGCUGUUCAUCAGCUCUUAUGCGUUCUUGCAGUCGCCAUUGUACAUAAUGUUUGUUGAAGGAAAAAAGUAUUAAGCUUUGUUUAAACCAUUAUAAAUGGACAUAUCAUCAGCCAGAGACCUUUGACGUCAGGUGGACGAUUUCUAACGACUGAUACCUGUCCGGUUGUCUGUGAUGCACCCUCUCGAGCCGUGGGAUGAAAUGCCUGAACACCAGCAUGGCCUGAGUUUUUUUUUUUUGUUGUUUUUUGUUUUUUACAAAAACUACACACCUCAGCUAAAAUAUGUGGAGUAAAUUGUGUACCACAAAUGUCCUGAAAGCAAACCUAAAGACAAUAGAAGGGAUACUCGAUAUAUGCAAAAACAAUUUUUGUGUUAAAAGAAACAAUGAAAGACUUUUUGGGUUGGCAGGACCUCACAGGUGGGACCCAUUCCUCAUUCUCCUUUACUCUGGAUAAGAAACUGCUUUCCACACUUGUACAUUUCUGUUAUUAAUGUUUACCCCUCACAGAAGACUGGAUAUGACUGGAAUUGUCCUUUCUUUUUUUUUUUUCUUUUUUUUGUCAGAGAUGCACAGGGGAAUUAGUGUAUCUUCUGUUUUGGGGUCUGUUCUGGCUGCUAUCACUUGAUUAUGUGGUGAGGUUCUGGUCAGAAAAAAAAAAGAAGAUGAAAAAAAUGUCAACUCUUUAUCCACGAGUAAGCCAAUCCAAGUCAUUUCUGUCGCUAUGCUAUUGUUCUAUUCAUGCUGUGACACAUGGUAUUCUGUACAGUAUUCUCAUGGAUCACUGGUAUAUGCCAGUUUGGAUAUAAGUCGAACCUGAAAUGCACUUUUGUAACACUCCAUACUUUCAUGGAUGUUCAUGUUCGAAAGGCGUUGACAAGUGACUGUCAAUUCAGCCACAAGACUUUGGGAAAUCUAACUUUUAACAAGGGUGACAACUUCUGGUGUUAACGGGUGGGGAAAAUGUUAUAUACAAAUAUUAACCGGGGUCUGAAUUUGCUAGACCUCUUUUUGUGUUCUCAUGUGAUGAAAACAUUAAAAAAAAAAACAUUAAAAUUGUA